AUUAGCUAUUUAGUUAUCAAAUAUAAAAAUUCCCUUCCAUCUUCGUUCUUCAGGAUAUCUUUGACUUCCUACUAUAAAUCCCCAAAAAACUAAGGAAAGGAAGAAAAAGGAUAAACAAAAAGAGAUUAGUGCAGAAAGAUUGGAGCACGGUGAAUCCAAAGGACGAUUACAAGAAUGAACAAGAAUGUCUUAAGAGUGGGGUUCUUCAAUAGGUGUUCAUCAUACCAUUUUUAUGUACAAAGAUUGCAACUUUUUGACAGUUCGUAAGCAGAUCAUUCUCACCCAUCUUCACUUUUCAGCCCACUGUUGAAGCAGGCCAGCUUUCGCGCACCUCUACUUAAUCCACAGGAUACCUGCCACCUCCCACCAACAACAGAUAUCAGUAAAUUGUGUCCACUAAGGCCAGGACAGAUGGGAAGAAUCACCUAGUGUUUAGUUGCUUUUGAGAUUUCUAGGCUUUUCUGUUGCUUACAUUCUUUGAAAUGAAGUGGGAACUGAUUCUUUGGAGUGAUUGGUUCUUCUUGAUUUGAUGAUUGGAAUAUGUUAUUAGAAAUUUCUUGAAGAGUUGCUUUAGUUUUGGGAAUGACGAAUUGAGGGUCUUUUACUGGGUUUAGAAGGCUUGUGUGUGUUGUAUUGUUAUGGAGAUUACGGCAGCAAAGCCAUUCAAUAACAUCUGGAUUAGGAGACAGCAAUGCCCUUGCGGAGAUUGGAAGUGUUACAUUAAAGCCGAUGGAGAUGAGCAAGGAGCAAAUGUUUCUCAAACGACAAAGAGUGAAGCAACGUCAUCUUCAUCUCAAGAUAUUGUUUUUACUCCAUAUGUUGGUCAGAUAUUUAAAGGUGAUGAUGAAGCAUUUGAAUAUUAUAGCAACUUUGCUAGGAAGAAUGGGUUUUCUGUUAGGAAAGCACGCUCAACCGAAAGCCAAAAUUUGGGGAUUUAUAGAAGGGAUUUUGUGUGUUACAGGUCUGGAUUUAAUCAACCAAGGAAGAAGGCCAAUGUGGAACACCCUAGGGAUAGGAAAUCAGUACGGUGUGGAUGUGAUGCGAAGCUGUACUUAACGAAAGAGAUUGCUGAUGGUGUAGCACAAUGGUAUGUUUCUCAGUUUAGUAACAUUCAUAAUCAUGAAUUAUUGGAAGAUGAUCAAGUCAGACUACUUCCUGCAUACCGAAAAAUCCAAGAGGCUGACCAGGAACGGAUUCUUUUGCUGUCCAAAGCUGGGUUUCCUGUCAAUCGAAUAGUGAAGGUGCUGGAAUUAGAAAAAGGUGUUCAACCAGGUCAGUUGCCUUUCAUAGAAAAAGAUGUCAGAAAUUUUGUCAGGACGUGCAAGAAAACUGUUGAGGAGAAUGAUGCUUUGAUCACAGAGAAAAGGGAAAAUGAUCUUUUGGAUCUUCUUGAGGGUUGCAAAGCAUCAGAACAAAAGGAUGAGGGGUUUGUUUACAGUUUUACUACUGAUGAAAAUGGCAGAGUGGAAAACAUUGCAUGGUCGUAUGGACACUCACGCCAAGCAUAUUCAUUUUUUGGUGAUGUUGUCACUUUUGACACCACAUACCGCUCUAUCACGUAUAAUAUGAUAUUUGGUGUGUGGUUUGGAAUUGACAAUCAUGGGAAUGUACUUUUUCUUGGAUGCGUUCUGCUGCAAGAUGAGACAUCACAGUCAUUCACUUGGGCCUUACAGUCCUUUGUUCGAUUCAUGAGAGGAAGACAACCGCAGACAAUUGUGACUGAUAUAGAUUCAGGGCUAAGAGAUGCUAUAGCAAGUGAGAUGCCUAACACUAAGCAUGUUAUAAGUAUAUGGCAAGUUCUCUCAAAAUUAUCUAGUUGGUUCUCCUUGCCCCUUGGAUUACAGUAUCCAGAUUUUAAAUCUGAGUUUGAUGUGUUAUGUCGACUGGAAAAUGUAGAGGACUUUGAGCAUCAGUGGAAUCAACUGGUUGCUCGGUUUGGACUUGGUUCAGAUAAGCACAUUGCUCUUCUUCUAUCCUAUCGAGCAUCCUGGCCGAGUUCUUACAUGCGGAACUUUUUCCUGGCCCGAACAAUGAUGAUUGAGUAUUGGAAAUUGGUAGAGACAUACAUGAAGAAUAUCUUGAGCCCUCAAUCAAGCUUACUAUUAUUCUUUGAGAAGGUUGGUUCAGCGUCCAACGUUGGGAGUCACAAGAAAGAAAAGCAACUUUAUAUGCCUGCUAAGACCUGCCUGCCUGUUGAAGAACAUUCCAGGAGCAUUCUUACGCCUUAUGCCUUCAAUAUAAUGCAGCAUGAGAUUAUGCUGUCUAUGCAAUAUGCAAUAACAGAAAUGGCCAAUAGCUCAUAUCUUGUGAGGCAUUACAAGAAAAUGGAAGCAGAGUGUCUUGUUAUUUGGAUUCAUGAAGAUGAGCAAGUUCACUGCUCUUGUAAGGAAUUCGAGCACUCUGGCAUAAUGUGUCGCCAUUCGAUUCGAGUGCUAGUAUCUAAGAACUACUUUCAAAUCCCAGAAAAAUAUUUUCCACUUCGAUGGAGGCUAGAAAGUUCCUUAGCUCCCCUCGAUGAUUCAGUCAUUCAAAGUAGCAAAAAUGAGUAUUCUCAAGUUUUCCAUGCUCUAUGUGGAAGUCUAUAUUCUGAAUCAUCCAUCUCUAAGCAGCGUUUUGAUUAUGUCAAUAGAGAGCUCAAACAGCUCCUUGAGCAUGUGCAGAAUAUGCCUUCUGUGGAUGAAGUUGCUGUGAGUUCAGCACCUAUCAAUGUUGGUGAACUCUAGCACUUAUGAUGUAUUGCCUGGUAGCUAAUUUAGUACUAGGGAACUAAAGCUUUUGUGAAGGAACAUUUGAGAAAGAAAUUAGGCAUGAACGGAGUGCAAGAAUAGAUUUACCUUUAGUGUAUAGCAAGUUACAGUAUCAACGUGGAAAAACCACACAAGAGUCCAGUAAAAAGCAUUUUUCCUUGAAUUUCAGCGGGCUUCCUUUUGAUUAUUUGUUGCUUUUUGCUUUCUCUGAGAGUUGACUAUUGGCUGAAUAGAAAUGCAUAGGAGUCACAAGAAGUAUCAUGUCACAAUGCACAUUUCCUUUAGAGUGACUUUCACUAGUGAGAAUCGGUUGUAUUUUAAUUUAUCGUUCAAUUUAACAAAUUAAUUUGACUCACAGGAAUAAUUGUUCUCCUUUAUUUAAUCUGGAUUUCCUAACUGAAAGGGAGCCUUGGAACAACGCUGAAGUUGUCUCUGUGUGAUUGGUUCGAGCCGUGGAAGCUGCCACUAAUGCUUGCUUUAGGGUAGGUUGUCUACAUCACACCCCUUGAGGUGUGGCCCUUCCGUGGACCCUGCUAACGCGGAUGCUUUGUGCACAAGGAUGCCUUUCUUUUUUCCUAACUGUAAAAUAAGCUUCAUUAAUGGAAGCCCUGUAAUGAUAUUGUUGCUGAUGUCCUGAAAGUUUAGUAUCUCUGUACUGAUAGAUUUAACAGGAGAAGUUCAGAGAUUGGUGUUUUUCUUGGUCAAAGGUUUUCUGUGAAUGCUGGGGAACUUGCAGAGGUAAGUCAUAUAGAAAAAUUGUAGUUUUCAUUUCUUUUCUUUGCAGUAUAGUUGCUCAUUCCCAUAAUAGGUGGUUAAAAUGAUAUUCUUUUAGAACUUUGAAAUUUACUUCUGAAUUGUCAUUAGAUAGUUUCUAAUAACACCACUUUCAUUUUCCUGGCA